GUUUUUCAAGUGGUAUCUUGACUUUCAACACUACUUAAAGCUUGACAACGUUGUAAAACAAAGUGUUGGUUCCAAUUGCAUCUAGAGAUCUGCUUUUUUUCAUUUUCCUUUAUCCUAGUUUCAGCCUCGAACGGUUUGGAAGCUAAUGAAUAUGAAGAGUUUUGGUACUAUGAAGUUUCUAUCAAUAGCAGUUCUGCUGCUUUUGUGUAUCAAGGAAACAAUGGCGGAGGGACAUCUUCCUUGUACUGAAGAAUGCCUGGACGGAUUUGAGAAAGUUGCAGGUCUGCCCCAUUGCUACAAAAUGCUGAUUGAGCUGGGUCCAGUGAGUCAAGACAAGGCAGUGACUGCAUGUGGGUACGAGGGAGGCUCUACUGUUGUCACUUUUGACAACAAGGGCGACGAUCAAGUGUUGCGAAACUAUUUCUGGGACAAAUAUCAGGAGAGGAUGCUCCUCAACCCUGCCUACCUGCAGCAGAGUGGCUUCUGGACUGGCUACGUGCGCUUCUUCGGCGAUGUAUCCAACCCCUACAUCAAUUUGUACACAGGCAGCCCCAUGAACACGAGCUUUUUCGCCCCUAGACAACCAGAUGACCGAAUUCUGGGAGCGAAAGGAGGAGAGGCUUGUGUGUGCAGGAAAGAGUUCAGCAUGGAGGAGCUGAGCUGGGACAGAGGCAAGGGUCUGGACGACUACACUUGCUCCUUCCCCAACUGGGUCAUCUGCAGGCACCGCAAUGUCUAUGCGCUGAACCUGGAAGCGUGGAACUCUGCGCUGAUGUAUGGCGUGCAGUUGCCUGAAGACGGAACCUGCAGGCUGGACUGGAAAAACCAAAACUAUUAUCAGCUGACCGCGAUGAAGGAAAAACGACUGAGGAAGGGCUAUCCAGGAGCUCAGGAGCUCGUCGACCAUUACGAGGAGAUUCUCCGCACUGACGCCAUAAAAUCACCGAAUUGCACCAAGCAGAAUCUUGAACGUUAAAAAUAGCAACACCAGGUGUAAUAACUGACAGCCUCAAAAACCACUGACUCAACAUUGACUUCAACUAAAUAUCUACCAAGCUGAUUUUUAAAUUAUUCGGCCAAAAUAUCAGAAAAAAAAAGUUCUUCUCGAUUUGGGAUAAUUUUACAAAAAAAAGCAUG